GUCAGUCACAUUCUUUACCCCAUCUGUCUUCCCUCAGAUUCACCUCCACUCCACUACCGCCGCUUCUCAUUCUCUUCCUCGUCAAUCUCCAUCAAUGGCUUCUGAAGAUUCUCUCUCCUCGAAUCCUCUAUUGCAGAAUUUUGACUUCCCUCCGUUUGACUCUGUUGAUGCUCACCAUGUUAGACCUGGGGUUCGUGCUCUGUUGCAGCAGCUCGAAGCUGAAUUGGAGCAGCUAGAAAAAACUGUAGAGCCCUCAUGGCCGAAACUAGUGGAGCCAUUAGAGAAGAUUAUUGAUCGGUUAUCUGUUGUUUGGGGAAUGAUCAAUCAUCUUAAGGCUGUCAAGGACACGCCUGAGCUUCGUGCUGCCAUUGAAGAAGUUCAGCCAGAGAAGGUGAAGUACCAGCUCAGGUUGGGACAGAGCAAACCCAUUUACAAUGCAUUUAAAGCUAUUCGAGAAUCGCCAGACUGGAAAUCACUGAGCGAAGCUCGUCAACGAUUAGUUGAAGCGCAAAUAAAGGAGGCGGUUCUCAGUGGUAUUGCUCUUGAAGACGACAAGAGAGAAGAUUUUAACAAAAUUGAACAGGAACUUGAAAAACUUUCUCAUAAGUUUUCUGAGAAUGUUUUGGACGCUACAAAGAAAUUUGAAAAGUUGAUAACAGACAAGAAAGAGAUCGAGGGGUUACCGCCAUCUGCACUUGGAUUGUUCGCACAAGCAGCUGUUUCCAAGGGCCAUGAAAAUGCAACUGCUGACACUGGACCAUGGCUCAUUACACUUGAUGCUCCUAGUUAUCUUCCCGUCAUGCAACAUGCCGAAAACCGAUCUCUACGGGAGGAAGUCUACCGUGCUUACUUAUCCCGUGCCUCUUCGGGUGAUUUAGAUAAUACAGCAAUUAUCGACCAAAUCUUGAAGCUUCGAUUGGAAAAGGCUAAGCUUCUUGGUUACAGAAAUUACGCUGAGGUAAGCAUGGCCACGAAAAUGGCUACUGUAGAGAAAGCAGAUGAGCUACUAGAAAAGCUUCGCAGUGCUUCAUGGGAUCCGGCUGUUCAAGACAUAGAAGACCUUAAGAGUUUUGCUAAGAACCAAGGUGCUGCAGAAGCUGACAGUUUGACUCACUGGGACAUCACUUUCUGGAGUGAGAGGCUUCGUGAAUCCAAAUACGAUAUUAAUGAGGAAGAACUGCGACCUUACUUCUCACUGCCAAAGGUUAUGGAUGCAUUAUUCGGUCUAGCUAAGACACUAUUUGGAAUUGAUGUUGUUCCAGCAGAUGGUGUAGCUCCGGUCUGGAACAGCGAUGUUAGGUUCUACUGUGUCAAAGAUUCUUCUGGAAAUCCAACUGCUUAUUUCUACUUUGAUCCCUACUCUCGUCCUUCAGAAAAGAGAGACGGCGCUUGGAUGGAUGAAGUUUUUUCUCGUAGCCGAGUCAUGGCCCAGAAGGGUUCCUCCGUUAGGCUCCCUGUUGCUCAAAUGGUCUGCAACCAAACUCCACCAGUUGGUGACAAGCCAAGCCUUAUGACAUUCCGUGAGGUAGAGACUGUGUUCCAUGAAUUUGGCCAUGCUCUUCAGCAUAUGCUUACCAAAGAGGAUGAGGGGCUAGUGGCUGGUAUCCGAAAUAUCGAGUGGGAUGCAGUUGAAUUACCUUCACAGUUUAUGGAGAACUGGUGCUACCACAGGGAUACCUUGAUGAGCAUUGCUAAGCAUUAUCAAACAGGAGAAACUCUUCCCGAGAAUGUAUACAAGAAGCUACUGGCUGCAAGAACAUUCCGUGCAGGGUCCCUUAGUCUUCGCCAGUUGAAGUUUGCUACAGUUGACCUGGAGCUGCACACAAAAUACAUGCCAGGUGGGACAGAGACCAUCUACGAUGUUGAUCAAAGGGUGUCCAUAAAAACACAAGUGAUUCCUCCACUUCCUGAAGAUAGAUUCCUCUGUAGCUUCAGUCAUAUAUUUGCAGGUGGUUAUGCAGCUGGAUACUACAGUUACAAGUGGGCGGAGGUUUUGUCUGCAGAUGCGUUUUCAGCUUUUGAAGAUGCUGGGUUGGAUGACAUCAAGGCUGUUAAAGAAACAGGACAAAGAUUCAGAAACACAAUACUUGCUCUGGGAGGAGGAAAAGCACCUCUAAAAGUGUUUGUGGAGUUCAGAGGACGAGAACCUUCCCCAGAGCCUCUGCUCAGACACAAUGGACUCUUGGCUGCUUCUGCUUGAAGUCUUGAACUAAUAAUGUCCUUUGCUACUCUCACACUCAACUUUGGGAUUAUUAUUGUCAUUCAAUGAAAUUAAACUUUUUUACUUGCUUGUUCACUGAGCAUGCUUCAAGUAUUGUAGUAAACAUCUCAGAGAUGUGCAACUUGGUAACAAAAUAAUGGUUCAUGAACGAAACGAACAAAGAUAAUACUUUUUCUUCGAACCA